AUGCCGGGCUCCAUCCACGACCAAGAACCCCAAGAAAACGACCAGUCUAUGAUGGACGCCGAGCCAGAGGUCACCGACCCCAUCCUGCUAGACGAGAAGCGUAUCAUCGUGCUCCCCGGCUCCUCCGAGACUGCCGCCUCAUUCCAGUUCGAGGGCGAGGGCCACACCAUGGGCAACGCCCUGCGCUACGCCAUUAUGAAGAACCCCGCCGUUGAGUUCUGUGGUUACACCAUUCCCCACCCCUCCGACGCAAAGAUGCACCUUCGUAUCCAGACUACCGAUUCCACUACUGCUUUGGAAGCUCUGGAGAAGGGUUUUAAUGAUCUCAUGGAUCUGUGUGAUGUUGUUACCGAGAAGUUCACUGCUUCUCGGGACCAGUUCAAUGCUGAGAGUGGUAACCGCAUGGAGGCGUGA